AUAGAUGUCUAUAACAGUUCAGAGUGAGGAUUUACUGGAAAUCACAUGAUACAUGAGGAAGGGCGUUGUUUGGGCAGGACGUCACUUCUCACUUUCUGUUUCGUGCUUUCACUGCAGCAAUGGAAGGGCGAGAUGCAAAUAGGGAAGAAGAACAUCUGGAAAUCCAAGAUCAUUUUAGAAGAAAUGCCCUCAUAAUUAUCAGCUCGAUGCUGCGUUGGUGGAAGGAUUCUGGAAAAGGGAAACUUUUAGUGGACGAGAUUAUUCACAGCAUCUUCUUUCUGGGAAAAAUCAACACCGCCCCCUACACACCAGAGAGGAUUAUUGGCAACAAAGAGAUGUUGGUCAAGUUGAGAGAGAAAUUCCCUCGGCCUUUUGAUUACUACUUGUCUCAUGUUCCUAAGCGGAGUCCAUUCUCCUGUGUUAUGGACAUGAUGGUCCUGCUGAAAGGACAAGGGAACGAAGACCAAAUAAAGCAGAGUCUGAGAGAUCUCAUCAACGACAAGCUGUCAAAGAAGAAGAACAAGAGGUUUCUGGUCUCCACUACCAUCUGUGUCUCUCAGAAAUCAACUGAGAACAACUCAGUCAGGUACUAUGGAGUCUCCAUGUCCGCUGGACCAAACCCCAGGAGAAUUCUGGUAGCUGCUGCCUGUUGUAGUGCUUGGGAUGAGUAUGUAUCUGAUGCAGUGAUGACCUACUAUCCAGAUACGGUCAGGAAACAAUACUUUGAUGGAACCAUCAAACUUCCUAAAGGUGUCAGGUGUGACGCGUUUGACCUCAGUGAUUUAGAUGAUAAGGAUCCUUGUAAAUUAUGUAGAAAUUUGUUUAGUUUGCAAGUGAGAACACAAAUAGAGGAAGGUGAGAUUUCAUGGCCCUAUGGCAACUGUGCUGAGGCUGAGAGCCUGAGCAACCUGCUUAAAAAUGAGAAGGAAGUUAAAGAGAAAACACAACAAAAAUCGUACAACAGUGAGGACAGGCAGAGGGCUAAAGACAGUGUUCUUGAUGAACUUAAGACACUGCUAAGCGAGGUUAAAUUUAAAUGGAAGGCUAAUGAUUUCUACAACCCAUAAACAGAAUAAUCCUGAAAAAAGGAAAUAAAUUGACAUUAAAUGGCCACAGUCUUUUAUCAUAAAGAGGCCUAACAUAUCUCUUUUUCAUCAUUAAAAGAUGCGUCACUGCUAUAACACAGGGUUGUCAUUACUGUAAUCAUAGUUGAUGUAACAUGCUUUAUCAUUUUAUUAAUUCUCACGCUACAUGUGAUUUGUACUUUUGUACUUACCAAGAAUAAUAACGGUGAAGAUUAGAAUAUAUUCACGGUCCUAAUUGUGAGCUGACUAUGUGUCAGUAUUUUGAAUGAAUCAUUCAGAUGGUGCAAAAAUUGUGUUGAUCAUGUUGAUUGAUUAAUAAAAUCACACGGUGAUGGUA